ACUCCGCUUCAGAUAAAGACGGAACAUCUCGGCGUGGUGAAGACAAACCUCACAGUUUACAGCUGGUGCGACCAGGAUGAGUUUAAACAGCACACAAACCGCCCGCCUCGGUUAUUUUGUAGCGUUUGUUGCGCGCGCGCGCGCACACACACACACACACACACACACUCACGCAAACACUUGAAGUAUCCGCCUGUGAAUCAAACCGGCUCCGAGCGACAUUUGAUGUUUCUGUAUAUUUCUAUCCUUUACACCUCGUCCACACGAAAAGACGUUUUCCUUCAAGAAUGCGCGUGAUUUCGUGUGCACUGUGACACCGUGUUGUGUUUGGAACGCGGCACGGCACGGCACACAAGAGAGGAACGACACCAAGAGACGGAGAGAGUGACAAGGACGAGGAGAGCGAGGAAGAAAGGGGAGGGGAACUGACAUUAAAGCAACACAACAAGGAAACUACACUGCGGAGCCACAGACAGACGCCUUCAUUUUAUGUUUUUGAAUAAUAGCCGGAGACAGAGAGAGGGAGCGAGCGAGCGUGCGGGAGAAGUGUCUCAGCACCAACAACCACAGCCACACUCAAGUGUGUCCGACUGUUUUUACCCACCGAGUUGGAGAUAAAGGCGUUCCGCGACAUGGACUCAGAGCCACCCAGCUCUCCACAGGUGGUGGAGGAUGGAGGAGAGGAGGAUGAGGAGGAGCUGAGUGGAGGAGAGGAGGCAGACCUGAGGUCCAGCACUGGCCGAGGCUCCCUGCUGACGCGCAGAGGCAUCACCCUGAGAGUCCUGCUCAAGGACGGGCUGGUGGAGCCGGGAGAUGGGGUGCUGGCCAUCCACUACCUGGGUAAGAACUUUGUGGGAGACCUGUUGAAUGACGGGAAAAUCCGAUGGGUGGAGACGGGCCAGAUCUUCAACUCGCCGAGCGCCUGGGCGACACACUGCAAACGUCUGGUUAACCCGGCCAAGAAGUCCGGCUGCGGCUGGGCGUCUGUGCGCUACCGGGGACAGAAACUGGCCCAGUACAAAACCACCUGGCUGCACAAAUACCAACCGAGCGCAGACAUGAGCCUGGUGAGUGAGGAGGAUGACGAUGAAGACGAAGAGGAAGGUAAGGCGGCCGUUCAAGCAGAUGAGAAGAACAAGAACACCAAACCUGGAUUACAUGACGUGAUGGUUUCGCGGCGAACUGACAGAGAGAGAAUUCCUGUCAGAUAUUGCACGUUGGGCACAAGAGAUGCUGCCAGAGAUCCACUCACGCUGGUGGAGCUGUCGGCCUUCUCAGCCAUCAACAGGUUUCAGCCUUUCAACGUCGCCGUGUCCAGUAACGUCCUGCUGCUCAUGGACUUCCACUGUCACCUGACCACCAGUGAGGUGGUGGGAUAUCUGGGAGGACGGUGGGACACUAACACACAAUUGCUGACUGUGUUGCGGGCUUUUCCCUGUCGGACCAGGCUGGGGGACAGAGACGCUGCCUCUGCUGUUGAGGAGGAGAUCUGUCAGAACCUGUUCAUGCGCGGUCUGUCGUUGGUCGGCUGGUACCACAGUCACCCUCGAGGUCCGGCUCUGCCGUCGCUGCAGGACAUCGACUCUCAGAUGGAUCAUCAGCUGAGGCUGCAGGGCUCAAACAACGGCUUCCAGCCCUGUCUGGGCGUCAUCUGCGGACCAUAUUAUCACGGUAAUCAAGGGGUCGCAUCCACGAUAACUCCAUUCUGGGUUGUACCACCACCUGAGCAACGACCCAACGACUACGGCAUCCCGGUGGCUGUUGAAGUCACGUACGUGCAGGACAACUUCCUCACCAGUGAUGUUCUCAACGAGAUGAUGCUGCUGGUCGACUACUACAGAGCGGCCCCUGACCUCGUCCACUUCAACCAGUACUGGUGUCCUGAUACAACCAUGAUGGACAAGAUCAAGGGCUCCCUGAGUUGCCACGCCCCCAAAGAUCAGGCCUACUCUCAGAUCCUGGAGCACGUCUACAGCCAGCUGAGCAACAUGAACUGACUGUGAGUGGACCUGCUCUGCAUGAGGACACUCUCCACCUCCAGUCAUUUCACACGCCUUCGUCACGCAGGCGCAGGUGACGGCGUACAGUGUCAAACACACACACACACACACACAAACAAAAACCUGCUUUAAAAACAUGUCGAUGCCUUGAAUUAUCUCACGUCUCAUUCCAUGAGUCAAAGCAACAUUAUGCGACGUUUGUGGGCGGCGGCAGCAGCAGCAGCAGCAGCAGCGCCCUCUGCAGCCACAAGUGAGCACUAAUUCUGUGGUAUGUAUGUAUGUAGUGGUUCUCUGCUGCUGUAACUUGUUUACUUGAAGGUUCUGUGUACUGGGACCAUUGUCGGUCUGAACUUCAGCAGGUCGUCUUGUCCACGUCUACAUGUCUAAAUGCAGAGUUUCUGCCAUGUGAUGAAACAUUAAGUAACACUUUACAUUACAGUGCAUGGUUAUACCUUCAUUUAAGAAAUAGCGUGAUAGGGACAAUUAACAAUUAACAUUUCAACUUUAUAAUAAUUAUAUAUAUGUUUAUAUAACAGAUGAAUCUGUUGAGUAUUUCCCCGAUUCAUCGAGUUCUUAUUUGGGCCAUAAGACGUCAGCUCAAACUUUAAAAUGGUGGUGUUUUCAAAUUGGUUUGUCCCCAAACCAAACCGAUUCAGUUUUUACUGAUUUCUUUGUUAUAAGGAAAGAGAAAAAAAGUCCUUUUUAAGAAGCUGAAAAUACUCAUUUGUAGUUGCGACCCAACUGUACUGGAAUGUAAAGUGUUACCAAUAUUUGCAUGAACCUGCAGAACUGUAUGUAAUCUUUAAAAGUGGCUGGUGAGUGGUUUGCUUUUUCAAUCAGACAUUCAGACAAACUCCAUCUGUGGCUCUUUUGCGUUACACAAUUCUAGCACGACUCGGCUCGGCUCGGUUUUCCAUGACUUUGACCGGCUCACCGUUGACAAUUUAGACAUUUUCUUUGCUAAAUGUUGGAGAUUAACUUCAGGAUUUUUAAGUCUUUUUACCUGAUCUACAGUUUGGCCAUUAUUCGGUUUGAUUCUUUUGUCGGACGUCGCGCUCAUGACUCUUCCAGUGACGACACUCUCUGUCCAAUCGGUGACCGGCAGUCUGUUGAUGUCACAUUUUAGUAUCACCUUGGAAAAACACCAGGUACCAGGUACUAUCUAAAAGAAGGAGUCGUCGAGCUAGAACUGUAUAAUGGAAAAGAGUCAUUAGGAGUUUUCUCACCAAACAUCAUUACUUUAGAAGUUUCUAGGCACUCGCACUCACUCGUUCACAGACACAGAAUGGGAACGAAACAGGCUGCGUUUUAAACGAGCGCAGCAUGAAACUGGAUUCAGGAGCUGCCAUUCUACGUUCCAGAACGGUUCCAUAAUGUUGCUUUGAAAACUCUUCAGUGACUUCAACGAAGGUGCUAGAGCUGCUCGUCACCGCAGCCACUUCUUUAUUACUGAUCACAUCAGACAGAAAAUAUCUACGGGGAAACUCUUGAAGACUGUUUUACUAACAUGAAAUACUGUUUGAAGGACACUAGAUGGAGCAGGUUCACGGUACAGAAAUCAGCAAACCCUUCGACACAUGGACCUACAGUAUGUGCCUGUCUGUGCCAGUUUCCUGCGAUGAGAGCAGACGUGAACGUUAUCUGCCUUUGUCGACUAAAUCAGGAAGUUAUUGGAAAAAUAAUAAAUCAAAUAAAUAGUGCUGAAUACGUUUAGCGUACAACGUGAGGAAAGUAUGCAAAGGCGUGGCAGUUUGACCUCAGCUACACUUUACUGCAGUUUUGUGAAUGUUUGUGUUUACGUUGAAGAAAUGUUGUGGUUUUUUUUAAUGAAUGUGUGAGAAAACGUGCUCCUCUACUGUGUCCUGUUGUUAGGACUGAGACUUGCUUCUUAUUUACCUGUGCUGUAUUUAUUAUAACCUGUGGAUUGUGUCAUGUAUAUCUGUGAAACAUGCCUUAAGCCUGCUGAUCGGUUCUCCACAAAGCAUUAAAAUAGACACACUGGAACUAUUUAAAA